UAGGUCCACUGAGCCAAAAGAGCACCAAACCAAACCAUAACCAUAGAUAAUGAUUAUCGUGAACGCGUUUAUGAAUUUAAUCGUGCAGCGAACAUCGUGGGGGACCACAACGAUCGUUGUUGCGUAGAAGUUAUUUUUUGAAUCCGUGGUGUCCCAUACUUAUCUCAGUAUCUUGGUGCAAAUUUGUCUUAGACUGGCUUAGGACCUCCGCACAAACUCUUUCUUAACGCGUUACGUUACGUUAAGUUGGCUACGAACUUAGAUUUGUACGUAAACUUGAACGUCAUUCAACGCACAAACUAAUAUUUAACGUAACGUAACGUUAAUUACUAGUCAUAAACUUAGAUUAGUAUGUAAACUUGAACUUUAUUCAACGCACAAACUAGUACUUAACGUAACGUAACGCGUUAAGAAAGAGUUUGUGCGGAGGCCCUUAUGAUCCUCGUGAAGAGGCAAGCGCCAUUUAAGAAGAAGAAGAAUACCAUAGAUGAAUACCGAUUUAAAGGAUAAAAUCAUAUUUAACGACAAACUCAGAUUGGCAUAUGGACUAACAGAUAAGAUCCACUAAAUUCCAACUGCAUCAAAUCAGACUGAUGUUAACAACAAAAUGAAAUUAAACAUUAUUUUUAUGACAUUAAUAUUUUUAUUAUCUACACGAUAUGACUGUGUGUGUGUAAUGUCUAGCACAAACAAAAGUGCUAAUCAGCAAUAUAGGCCUGAAGGUCCUCUGGUAAUGUGUAAAUUUUUACCUGAGGAAUUUCUUGGGUGUGAAGAACCAGUUGAUCACAAAGGAAAUAAAACUGCCAAAGAAGAGACAGGUUUUGGUUGUGUUAAGUUUGGAGGAUCUCGUUAUGAGGAUGUAGAAAAAACUAAAGUAUCUUGCACAGUAUUGGAAGAUAUCGAAUGUUAUGGGCCAAGAACAUUUUUUCGUGAAGGUAUUCCAUGUAUAAAAUACAGUGAUCAUUAUUUUGUGACAACUCUUCUAUACAGCAUUCUGCUUGGAUUUCUUGGCAUGGAUCGAUUUUGUUUGGGGCAAACUGGAACAGCAGUUGGCAAAUUACUCACAUUGGGAGGUAUGGGUGUCUGGUGGAUUGUUGAUGUAAUUUUAUUAGUGACAAAUUCUUUACAUCCUGAGGAUGGCAGUAAUUGGAAUCUAUAUGUAUAGCACUUUAAUUUAAGAAAUAUCAGAGUUGUCUUGUGUGAUUUUCAGUUUAUAAAUAAUUUUGUAAAUACAAAUUAAAGUUCUUUAUUUAUGUAUGUAUAUA